AUGCUCGAUGCUGGUAAUGUGAUGAAGAAGACGUACAAACGACGUAAAAACCUUCAGCUUGUCAGCCGAACUAGAAAUCCUUUUGAUAUCCUUGCUCAACCAAACGCUAGUGAUACUCUCAGCGGAAAACGCAAACAACCAGAAGUGGAAGUCUCUUUAGCUGCUCCAAACGUUAGAAAUCUGCGUUCUAGUAAACAUAAGGAAAAAUUAAAUGUUAAAAACCAAAGUGCUAGUAAUACCGAAAAAUCUAGUUCUCGUGCGCCUCAAAGCCCGGAAGAAACGACUUCACAACUUCAGAACUUAAAAUCCCUUUCCCAAUUUUCUCCCUUGUGGCGUGACCAUCCCAAACAGCUGACGAUGCCAGAGAUUACCGGCCAAAAUAGCGGUGAAAUACACAGAACCUUGACAAACGAGGUUCCUGAGACAUCCCCUCAACAUAAGAAACAGAAAAAAUCUACUCCGAAAAAAUCUACUCCUAGCUCUCACUCCUACGAACUUCGAGAAAGGGGUGCUCUCAGCUCAAAAUCUCAAGGGAAAAAAAGGCUGCUGGAUGAGCCUGAUGUUGACACCUCAUGUUCUUCGGACACAAGGCCCAGUAAAAUUUCCAAGAACCAAAAGUCAAUGGGAGAAAAGAAAUCUUCAAUGGGAAAGGCUGCAAAAAUUUCACGGAACUCGCAGGAGAUAUUACAAUCACCAUCAACCUCAACCACGCCCCAGCCAGGCAGGAUCACACGCUCCAACAAUGUUUUAUCAAAAUCGAAGUCCCCCACUAGCUCCAUCAGUUCUACUAAUUAUUCAAGUACUACGCAUACUUCAAAAAACUCCGAAAAAAGCAAACAGUCAAGUAAUUCCAAAUCAACAGAGGACGGCACCAUUGGAAGUACAGAGACUGUAAAAGCUGUUACAAGUAAGAAGUUAGAGAAUGCUGAACUGAAAGCCGAACUGAAGGCCCUGAGCGCAGCGGAUCCGAAACUCUUACCAGAAGAACUUGAAGCUGUGCACAAGUGUAUUUCGGCAGCACGUGUGCCAUCUUGGAUGACUUGA